UCAUCAUCAGCACAUACCAGCUGAAGUAAACAAACCCAGGCGUCACUGUCACGUCACUGUCAAACCACCACUUCCCAAGGGCGUGAUGACUUAGUGGCUACAUAGGAGACGCCUGCUGACCUGGGGAAGGGGAAGGAAAGGAGCUGAGGAUGUCUCUGUUUAAGGCGCGGGAGUGGUGGGGCACAGCGGUGGAGGGGACGGGCCCAGGGGAGGAGGAGGAGUGUGACGUGGGCUGCCUUGCUGUGGCUAAUGUCAAUAACGAACAACCGCCCAGGGACAAAAUUGUGGUUGGCGGGUUUUCAGGAGCUCUGAGGGUGUAUUUGCCGCAGGCGUACAGGUCAGAGGAGGGGGAGGAGGUGUCUGGGUACCGGCCCGACCACCUCCUUCUGGAAACGACCCUAAACUACCCCAUACUGCAGCUGGCUGUUGGCAAGUUUGUCUCGAGUAACAAUCUGGAGCACCUCUGCAUCCUCCACCCUGACCGUUUGAUGGUGUGCUCUGUGACUGGUGGUGGUGGUGGUGGUGGCGGGCAGGGUGAGCACUUCAAACUUACCAUCGCUUAUCAACACAAACUGCCUCGACGUGCUCACUCCCUUGUUACUGGGACCUUUGGGGGUGUCCGCGGCAAGCAGUACAUGGCUGUGCAGUCGCUGGAUGGGUGUCUGGUGGUAUAUGAGCAGGAGAGUCUUGCCUAUGUGACCUUCCUGCCGGGAUCACUCCUGCCGGGACCUAUUGUUUACCUCCCCCGCGCUGAUGCCUUUGUCACUGUCGCUGCUGAUUGGUCGCUGCAGUGCUAUAGGUACCAAACCAUAGCAGUAGCAUCUGAAAACACCGACACCACCACCAACAACAACAACAACACCACCACAACACCAUCAAACAACAACAACAACAAUCGCAGCAGUACCAGUGGCCGUCGCCUGACCCCAGAGUGGACACAGUUGCUUGGGGAGGCUGCGGUGGAGCUGGCAGUGGUGGGGGGGGUGGAGGGGGAACCUGUUAGUAUACUGGUGUUGACACAAAGAGGUGUACACUGCUUCAAGGAGUCCGGUGUUCUUAAGUUUGUGAAAAAGCUUGAAUUUGACCCCUGCUGCUUCACUGCCUUCAUUGUGGACAAGGGCAUCCACAUGGUCAUCGCGAGCCACACCAACACACUGCUGGUUUACCGGGAGACUCAGCUUAAAUGGGCCUCGCAGCUGCAGUUUCCGCCAGUCGCCCUCACUCGCGCUGACUUCCCGGGCCCAAGGUUCCUCAGGGGCAUCACAGGGGCACUGGUCAUGCUGGGGGAGUCUGGGCAGGUGCAGGUGGCGUACCUUGGCACUGACCCUUCACUGUUUGUCGCACCGCCCACCGAGACACGAGAGAUUAACUAUGAGCACACUGACAAGGAGCUCGUUCACCUCCACAAGAUCAUCAAAGCUUCUACUAAGGAUACUGGUGCGUUGGUCGGAAUGGGUCGCGGUGAGAGUGAUCUUCUAGUCUAUGGCACCGUUGGCACUCAAUUGGAGCCAUGGGGAGGGGAGACAAGGGUGGCACCGCUGGAUGGGGACGGGGGCAUAGUGCCGGCUGUCCCUGUUGUCCUGCGCAUCACGGCACACACGCCACUCAACACUGUCAGGGUCAAUGUGGCUGUAGAGAAACCCAUCGGUGUGACGCAGGACACCUUUGUACUGCGGACUGUUUGCGACACCAGCCAAAUAAUGAUUAAAUUCUACCAAGCUGAGCCGUACAUCCCACCCAGUCUGUCCGUCACCAUUAUCACCUCUUAUGUCAGUCACACAGGGGCGCCACGCAUCAACACUGUGCAGCUUGAGUUGCCGCUCCGUCUUGUAGUGAGGCCCUGUAGUCCCAGCAAGGAGGCCGACCACAAGAUCACCAUAUCCAGUAACAAAGCCGCUGUCAGUCUGCCAGAUCUCUUCCCAGAGUUGGUGCAGGACGCAGGGGUGGGCACGGCAAUUGGUCUGCAGUACUAUAAUGGAAUGGAGGUCACUAUUCUGUCCUCCCGCACCACAAACAGAUACCGCCUGCAGUCUGAUAGCAUGGCAGCUCUGUGGCUCAUCCUGAAGGAGUUAACACGCCGCCUCAAGGGUUACUGGAGCCAGCCGAGCCGCAGGGAUGGGGAGGAGCUGCUGCUGGGGGUCGCUUCCUCCUUCCCCACCCACGAGCUCUUCUUCGAGAUUGAUGCUCAUUUCAUACGUCGCAAGAAACAUAAAGAGCUGGAGCUCCAGUUAGCAAAGCGUUCGGCCCAAUUUCGUGCAGUUCAGCGUCGCCUCCUCACCAAGUUUAAGGACAAGACACCAACACCUUUAGCCAACCUGGACAGUCUUCUGGAGGGCACCUACAAGCAAAUCCAAGUCACUGAUGUCAUCUCGGAGAAUUUCAAGGGCAUGGAGGAGGACGGGUGCCAGCUGAGUUGUGUGGUGCGGCUGGUGCUGGAGAUGACACGUCUCGCCACUGGCAUGAGUGACCAGGAGUUUGCCCUUCUUUGCGCCAUGUCCCCUGUGGUGCACCCAUCCAUGGAGCAGGGCUGGGAGGAGACAACUGAUGCCGCCGUGACCUUCCUCCUUCGCUCAGUGCUAAAUCGGGGCAGCUUAGGAGGCGGGACACUAGCACCGCCGGCAACCCCCCAACACCCCUGCCCCGCGAUGCCCCACCCACCCCAGAGCUUACCAUGCCCGCUGACACCAAUAAGCUCAAGAAACACCUGGGCAUUUUGUUGGAUAAGAUAACGAAGGGAGGUGCUCAGUUGUCCCUCGAUUCUACGUCUGAGAUGAAGAUGCCAGAGUUGAACAAGGAGACGAUAUGGCACGACGAACCAGAAGACCCAUCAGAACCCCCACCCCCACCCCCUGAGGAUGAUCCUACCAACGUUCCCCUGGGGUCACGGCUCGGGGAGGACCGGGCACGCUCAGCCAGGAUCAGGUCAGCUCGCCAAGGACAACGACCGCCACUCACACCUGCGCCACUCUCAGAGGACGUCCCUGAGGAAGACCCUGCCACUGCUAAGGAACCCACACUCCUGAAGACAUGCCACAGUUAACAGGCGACCCAGCAGCCAUUCAGCCACCUCCUCCUGCUCCUCCUGCUACAGUAGAAGAAGAACUAGCAGAACCAGAGCCACAAGUAGUAGAUACACCCUUACCAGAGCCCCAGGGACCUAAUGCAACCCUGCCACCCCUCCCGGAAGGCCCCAGUACCCCUUCAGAAGUGCCAAGGGUAACCAAGAGAGAUCAACUGAAGAAGGAGAACACUAUUGAAAGUCCAGCCGAUAUAUUUGAUCUUAUGGAAGGAGAUGAUGCUUGGUAGAGAGAGAGAGAGAGAGAGAGAGAGAGAGAGAGAGAGAGAGAGAGAGAGAGAGAGAGAGAGAGAGAGAGAGAGAGAGAGAGAGAGAGAGAGAGAGAGAGAGAGAGAGAGAGAGUGAGAGUGAGUUUUAAUGCUAGUCUAGUCAUUAUUAUAUUCUAGUCAAGUUAUGCAGUCUGAAGUCUUAUCAGUGUCUAGUCUGUGGUGUGUGUGUGUGUGUGUGUGUGUGUGUGUGUGUGUGUGUGUGUGUGUGUGUGUGUGUGUAAUAAGCAUUGAUAACUUUUCUUCUGGUUUGAGUUGAUCUGAGAGAGAGAGAGAGAGAGAGAGAGAGAGAGAGAGAGAGAGAGAGAGAGAGAGAGAGAGAGAGAGAGAGAGAGAGAGAGAGAGAGAGAAUUACCUCCAGCGCACACAAGAUAACAACCGUCCAGAACUCGUGAUAAAGAAGCAAAGAAUCCGUCCAUUACCUAAUAUGAGUUUGUUGUACAGUUAGGGGAUGUGGAAUUGUUGGUAAUAGAGGAACACAUGGCACAAGAUCGCCAGUUGUGGAAAACAGUCACCGUCCAUCCAACCCUACUCUAAAUGUGGACAAUAAACAAAAAUGAUGAUGAUGAUGUGUAUUUAGGGGACCAAAUGAUUACAGUACACACACACACACACACACACACACACACACACACACACACACACACACACACACACACACACACACACACACACACACACACACACACACACUUAUUCUCUGUAGUGGUUUUUCCUUCCUGGUGGCAAGGCAUGUACUAUCUAAAUAAAUCUGUGACAUAUU